AUGCAGUUGAAAUUGGCACACUUGGAGAACCGGAGGAAGUCCAAGGGCAAGCGCUCGAAGCCGAAUGGCCAGGUCGAUGAACAUGCUGCUCAGCAGUUGGGGGUUGGCCUCAGCACCGUGCGUCGGAAGUAUGCAAUGCUCAACAAGCUGUUGCGAGAGCACGGCAUAGAUGGCCUUAAGACGCUUUCUGUUGAGAACCGCCGUGGCAAGGCGACACGGCUGCCGACACGUGUGCCCACGACAAAACGUGUGCUCAGGCAGGUUCGCGCUCACGUGCGCAUGCAGAGAGAAAGGCGGACACCGCAUCACGGCCGUACAGGUGCUGACUUCCUACGCAAGCACAGGCAUGUGGACGUACGACCUUCGUUUGCUGGCGAUGGUGACGACGAACUGGACAGGGCGCUAGGGCGGCGGCUUCUGCGGGCGGUGCAGCGGUUUUCUUCUGCAGCCGGUGCAAGCAGCCAGGCACACGCGGAAGAAGUGCCCGUCGCUGAAGAAAACCUGCCUCAACAACCACAGAAGCAACCAUCCACACGCAAGUGUGGUCGAUGCAAGCAGCCAGGGCACACGCGGAAGAAGUGCCCCGUCGCUGACGAAGACCUCCCUGAGCAACCACAGCAACAGCAGGGCCGUCCCCGGAAGCCUUCUCGUGGGAGCUUCCAUACAGGGGACUAUCAUAAAGCCUUUAAUUCUGACAACUUCAUCAGCUGGUUCAAGGAUGCGUUGCUGCCGAACCUGCACCAGCCGUCGCUCAUCAUCAUGGACAACGCAGCGUACCACCGCACCCUCCCACCAGACACGCCAGUCCCGGGGAGAAUGAAGAAAGCGGACGUCAUUGCAGCUCUGCGAGCCAGGAACCUGACCGUGAGCGAGAUUGACUUCUCCUGCGAGCUGAAAGACCGCCUGAAGUUGUGGGUGAAGAACCACGUCCAACCCGAGGUGGUGCAGCUGGCCGAGGCGCAAGGCCACAAGGUGCUCUUCUCCCCUCCGUGCUACAGCGACCUCAACCCAAUCGAGCUCGUGUGGGCGCUGAUCAAGGGCAACGUCGGCCGCAGAUACAGCCUCGAUACAACCUUCGAGGAUGUUGAAAGGCGUCUGGAGGAAGAAAUCCAACGCCUGGCAGAGGAUCGCGGGCAGUACCGCAAAGAUGGCAAGACGCGCGUGCAAGCCAUCAUCGACUCGAUCGACAAGCAGCUGGAGCGGCAGCGGCGCAUCAUCGAUGGCAGGGGCGAAGAGGAGGCAGUAGAGCAAGCAGCACCAUGUACAACCACCCGAGCUGCGAGCGCUGAUAGCACUGAGGAGAUGGACGUUGAACAAGCAGCCGCAGUCGUGCUCGAUGAGGAGGUUGAUUGGGUUGACGAACGGAUGGAUGAGGGUGAAGAUGGAGAAGAGGGCGAAGAGUGUGAGGAGGGGGACGAUGACGGCGUGUCUGAAUCAGACUUAGAAGCAGGGGAACAGAGCGACGCCCUCUUCACAUCAACAUUCGCUGGGGUGAUGCCAUGGUUGCAGGCAGUGUUCGACAGAGAAAUGAACACGGCCCUCUCCCGGUGUCGCCAACCUACAGACAGCAUCGAGCGCGGCCGUGGCACCUCGGUGUCGUGA